UUUUUUUUUUGGCACGGGAUCCUAAGGAAAAAUAGGAACUUGGAAAGGAAGAUAAAGUGAAAGCAGCACCACAAAGGCGUUAUCAGUCCCUCGCUCGCUUAUGUACACUGUAAAGACGCGUAGGAGAGCGCCGAAGCUUUGAAUGAAGAGAACGGCAUUCACGCGAAAUUGGACGACAAUGCAAGGGGCGCAAUAAAACCGAGCGUUAUUGCUCUUUGUUUUUAAGCAGGACGGCUCGGAUGGUGCGCGGGGAUGAAGACGCGGGGAAGUGGCUAAAAUCACACAGCGUUAAUAACAGCUCCAGCAACGGCGACAUUUGCGACACGAACGCGUCGAGACGCUUGUUCAGUCUUCAGUCUGCGCAGAAGAAGCAGGAAACUUCGUAAACACAGAGAUUGGUGACUUCUGGAGACUUCCAUAGAAGCAUCAUCCCGGUUUGAGAGAAGAGGAUUGCUUGUCAAGACGGAUUUGUUCUAUGUAUUGCUUUGUGCUUCGUUAAUGCUGCCUAAAUAUCCUCCAAAGACUGUAUUUCACGAUUGGUGCUGACCAAGGCUGCAUAAAAAUGAAAAGGAGCUGGAUGUGUGUGAGCAGAAAAUGACGGGGGACAGUGAGAGUGCAGCAGGAGAAAAAGAUGGAGAUACGUCGCUCAUCGCUCAGAUCCCGGUUGGCUGGCAAAGGAAGGUGAAAGAUGGGGCUGUAUCUUACACCAGCCCGAGUGGUACAGUCCUUCGAUCUGUGGAUGAGGUUAGGGUGUAUCUGCGGACAGACGGCACGUGUAAGUGUGGUCUCGAGUGCCCGCUAGUCCCAAAUAAGGUCUUUAAUUUUGACCCUGCGGCGAUGGUCCAAGCUCCUGGUCAUCAGUCAGGGAAAAUAGAGGAAGACAUGACCAAACUCUGUAACCAUCGCAGGAAAGUUGAUGCCAUGGCGGCGUUAUGCCAAAGCAUGCAGCCCUCCCAUCUUUCCUCGCCGGCUCAAGCCACAGGAGGUGUUGUAUGCUCCGUGGACAGCAGAGAGCCGAGUGGAUCAAUGGUGGCUCAUAGAGACGGCGCCCACUGCACUUACCCUCAGCCAAGACACAACCAACCCAAAUCCAACAUUGGCUUUCCUCUGUCCUCUCCCCGUUCUGUACUGCAAAAUGGUUCUGUUAGCCUUGCCUCUAUUUCUCGGCAUCCAGAACAGGGUUCACCUUUAAAGAAAUCUCAAACGCCAGUGGGCUCUAUGCCUGGUUACGCGAAGCAGCAGUGGAGCCCUCAUCCACCGCAAAGGACAAUACACAACCCUGCUUCUCCUAACAGUGUAAAACCAGGUGUAAACACGCAUCCUCCAGACCCAUCCAGUUCUUAUUCCUUAUCCCCCUCUUCAUCCUUAGCCCUGAGUGGUGGAGCAGCUCUGCCACAUUCCCAGGGAGCGAGUGCUAAGUCGCCCUCUCCUCUGUCACCCUCACGUACCUUGGACACUUUCUCACCCCACCAAUGCUCUCGCCACUCUUCGACGUCCUCGCUCUCAGAACACGGGGCCCAAGGGUCCGUCUUCAUUCAGGGAGGCAAAUCGUUGCAGUCCACCAUACCUUGCUCCUCUCCCAAGCUUCCUCCUGCACCUGCCAGUCCGUGUAGUCGCUUGGAGGGCAUCCUGCAGCACUACAAAGACUGUAAUACCUCCAACACAAGCUCCGGUGCUAAUUCUAGCAACUAUCAGACGUCACAAGCCGCAUCGUUGGUGCAUCCCAAUGCAGGCGACAAGAGGAAUGGACUGAGUACUGCUCAAGCUCCAGAACUGCUUGGCCUUCCACUAGGACAGAUUCUCAACCAACAGAAGGCCCGGCAAAAGGGCCACCUCAAUAACUCUUUCCCGGCCAGCAGCCUCCUCUCUGCGGCCGCCAAAGCCCAGCUGGCCAACCAGAAAACUCAGCUCAAUGCAGCCGAUGCGCUGGCCUCACUCCCUCUUACGGGCUUGGAUAUGGAACAGCAGUCAAAGGUAUUGAUUAGCACUUUAAACAGUAGCGUCCACCCCACUUCCGCCAGAGCACAGUCCCUAACAGCCCUGUUGCUUCCGCACUCCCCUUCCCCGGCAUCCCCUGCUGUUGUUGAGAAAAAUUUGCGGCGCACACGCCAGAGGCGCUCACCCACCGUUUUGAGCAUGCUCAAGGACUCGCAUUUAGUUCGGAACACAGGAGAUCUCACCGGGCCGCCACUGCUGAUCUCCCCAUGCCUUUUGCCACCUUCUCCUCUCGUACCUCACUUAGACAACCACCGGCUACCUGUCGCUCCUCCAAAUGCCUCCAGGUUGCAGGAUUCGGAGGAAGACAGGAAGCCAGGAAUUGCUAAUUCCCUCCCACUUUCCUCCCCAUCUCCAUCCCAGCCCCUUUCCGCCCUGCUGCAGUUUCUAAGCAUGCAAAGUGCGCAAAGCGCAACCCAGCAAUCCAGCGGCGCAACUGCCAUGCCUGGCAACAGGCACACAAACACAUUGCCUUCUUCACCGAGACCAAUAACUCCACAGACGCCCCAAUGCGACAUGCAGUCCACAUUACGUUUACUCAACCCCACCCCUCAACCUCAACCCCAAAGUACAGUGCCCAUGCCAGAACCUUCUAUCCAGCGACCCCCAUCCCAACCUUUUCCUUUGAUGGGUGACGAGACAACCAUGAACCUCAAAACAACCUCCAGCAACGCCAUCCUGAACUUGAGCCAGCCCCACACGGGCACAACGCCAGACCUCAACAGUUCAAUUCUGAGCAUGAUGAACCAGAUGUCCUCAACAUUCUUUCCCCAAUUCCUGGAGAAAGGUUGUGGACCCAAAACAACAGAGAGUUGUCCUGACAACAGUACCUACCAAAUUAACCAGUCAAACCACAACCAAGCUGUGGAAAGUAAAGGUCCUGUAGAGGCAAUGGAUCAGCUGGACUCGGACACAAGAUUGCUGGGUGGCUGUGAGCCGGACCACAGCCUCUCUCUGCCCAAUGCCUCUUCUUCCGACCUUUCUAUUCCCUCAACCGACCCUGCUGUUUCCCUUGCAGAGGCUUUCCCCUUCAUGUCUCAAGAACAGCUCCUCCAGCUUCUUUCCACCAAUGCGGGUCUGCCUUCCCUGCUGCCCCCUUUCCUUGGCUCCCUGCCUUUAGGGGUUUGGACAGGGAGCCAACCUUCAGCGCCCAGCGGUGCCCAGCAGGGACAGCCAGCCAGUGCCAUCCUAAACCAGGGCUCUCCUCUCAAUAUCCUAAACCAGGGCGAGCUUCCUCUCAACCUCAUGAACCUGUUAAAUCCGCCAGGAUCUGCUGCACCGCUUCCCCCUGUUGCAGGACUAGAAGGUAGUGAAAAAACCCCUGGGCUUCAAGCCCUCCUCAUGGCUUCAUUGCUGCUCAGCCAGAACCCGGCUGCCAUGUUGCCACUACCAGCGCUCAACCUGGAGCUUCCUACACUGCAGCAGGUCUUUGCGGACGGAGUGUCCCUGGAGAAGACCGCUCUGCUGGACUCGGUCCUGAUGGGGCCGGGGCUCCUGGAGGCUCUUCAAACUCUAGCUCCCAGCGCAGACGGCCAGUCACUACUUUUUUCCACCUCCCUCACUCCACCCCCUCCCACCUUCCUGUCCCUCAACCCCGCUCUGCUGGCCGCAGCUCUCGCCCAGACCGAACCCCUACCCAGCCACGCACUAUCCCCCCCGCCUAAUUCUCAGGUACACGCACAGGGGACUCUGUCCAGCCCAGCUCUAGUUUCUACCUCGGUGUCCAGCACGGGACAGGAAGUGUGUGACCCCCUGGCCGAACAGGACAAGAACAACACCCAGACACAUCAUUUCCUGCCGCCUCUGCUCGCCCCUGGGGUUCUUGCAUCAGUAAGAGCUGCUGCUGCUGAUGGUGUUUCUCUCGGAUGGUGCUCAGGUGAGCUCGCAGCUCUGGGGAACAUCAACGGUCUUCAGGGUUUAUUGGGAGCCGGAGCGCUGCUGCUGCCUCAGGGCCAGUCUCUGAGCGUCCCGCUCACACCGAACCAGACAGGGCUCAACCCGCUCACCUGCCUGCAGCUGACGAUGGCGCCGGGGAUCAUGGGAGAGAAGCCUGAGGCUCUGCAUGAGACGUCUCUGUCACAGGAAGUGCUUCCCUCGGCUCCGAUGUCCCAGGAUUCCCUGCUCGACCCGCUCCAGCAGAGAGAGUCCUCCACGGGCUCCGGUCCGGGACUCUUUGACCCGUACGGCUCCUUCAUGGACACUAUCUACACGUCCUUCCUGCAGGUGAGCGAGCGAGGCUCUGACUCGACCCCGCUGUCGUACCCCGAGCUCCAGCCGCUCCUCCAGCAGACCAGCGCCCCACCGUCCCUCAGUCCACGCCGCGCCUGCUCCCUCCACAACCCGGAUCUGUCCCGCCUCGGCAUGGACACAGCUCAGUCCCAUUCCCAGUCCCCGGCCCGCGGGACGCCCAAACCCAGCGAGGACCCGUCCACACCGCCGCCCUGCAAACCAGCAGCAGACGACGCUCUGGAGGAGGCCAAGACCGACGGCUCGACUGAAGUGUGCCUCUACAGCAACGGGAUCGGCUCCGGAGCGCAGGGACGAGGACAUGAUGAAGACGAGGAGGAGGAGGGACGGAGACCACAGGGAUAUUUGAGUCCGGGCGAGAGCUUCAGAGACGCUGCUGAGGACAUCAGAGACGCUGAGCAAGUCAGAACUGCAGAUGUGCACACAGGAGCCAGAAGGGGGCGCAAGAGGAAACAGUCACUGCGGAGAGGAGCAACGCUGGAAGACGGCAUCGACCGCAUCAUCGAGGAGCCGACGAAAACGCUGUCCAGACCCGUCAGAGGGAAGAGACGCCGUGUCGUCCGAUAAAGCCGGCCGUACUGUCCAGCCAACACCAGCACUGUUUCCACGGCAACACCGUCUGAGCCGCACUCUGAAGAGUCUUUGUGAUUCGCUGCUCCACGACUGAUGUUACAUUGUUACAUUUUUAAACAGUUACCAAGCAACCAAUGAUAACUGUUGAGAAAUUGUUGUGUUGGUUCAGGAAUAGUUAUCGUUUGUUAACUCCGUUACUUCUGCUUCUUGUGUUUAAUUAAUGAGGUCCAGUGUGAUUGACAGCGCCGAUGUAAAGGAAUCGUUCUGGCCAAGAUUACAAUGAGCUGUAAAUGUUCUCACCUUCAGUUCAUCUGAGAUCAGGAUGAGUUUGUGUCUUCUUCAGGUUUGGAGAAAUGCAGCAUUGCAUCAGUGUCUCAUCAAUGGAUGCUCUGCAGUGAAUGGGUGCCGUCAGAAUGAGAGUCUGAUAAAAACAUCACAAUAAUCCACAGCACUCCAGAUGCUGGUUUAGGUGUCCCUUGGACGCUGAAUCUGUUCUGUCCUCAGACCAAAUGACUCAUGUUAUCAUUUUAUUACCCAUAAUGCACCUCAUGAAACUUUUUCAGCCCCAGACUCAUUCAGUAGUCCACACUUCUCCAAACACGUCAGACCAAUUCUCUCUCUUCACUCCAUGUUUUGUCUUUGCAGGGCCGUAUAUAUAUUUUUUUUUCUGUGAGUAUGUAUGUGUGUGUGUGUGUGUGUGUGUGUGUGUGUUACAGGAGUGUGUCUGUAGGUUUUAGGGCCUUUAGUCGUGGAUCUGCACAGAGCUCAUCAACACAGGCACAAGAAUAUUACUGAAUAUUUAAAAUAAUGAUUUAAUACUGAGGCUGAUUAUGCAAUUUUACUAUUGAAAUUAUGUAUAUAUGUACAGUUUUAGUAUUUUAUUUUGUACACCUUUUUUAGGAAAAAAUUAUCAAUUUGUAAAAUAUUUCUCCUGCAGAGAAACCUUUCCUUUCUCAUAUUCAUGUUUGAUUUGUAAAGAAAAUACUUUGAGAAUUGUGAACAAGUAGCAUUUACUUUUUUAUUGGGAGUUGAUUUUUUUUUUCUUUAUUUAACAAAUUAAACCAUUUUAAAUGAUGAAA